CUUUGCCUCACGGCUCACUACUGCACACUGCGAUAUCCUCGCUCGCGUGUGACCUCUACACCUGUGGGACUCAUGAUUGGUUUAACUAACCGACGCGUCGGCGCAGCUCUUGCACAGCGUGCGGGUUCCGGGCAGGCGGCACAACGGACAGCAUCAUCCUUUUGCAGCGGCCGCGGCGGCGGCGGCUCGGCAACAACAAGCGUCCCCGCUGGGAGUGCAAGGUCGUCCCUAGUCAGCAGAGGUACCGGGUCUUGGAGGCAACAACAACGCCAGCCAUGGCAAAACCACCAACGACAGCAGCAGAGCCGAGCGCUGUCGUACCGUUUCGGCGUGGGGCAGUCGUGGGGGGGAGGGGGGGAUGUGGACGACCCCUGGCCAGUUUCCCACCCCAACUCGUUCGUCAACGUGUGCCCUCAGGGGUCCCGCAUGGUGGUGGAGCGACUAGGAAAGCUGUCGUCGAUCGAGAGACCAGGGUGGUUCAUCGCCAUCCCCGUGAUCGACAAGAUAGCCUACCGGGUUGACAUGCGCGAGAGGAAUAUAAGCAUUACUCCCCAGGCGGCCAUCACCAAGGAUAACGUGAGCGUGGAGGUCUCCGGCAACUUGUACGUGCAGUUCGAGGACCCUGAGAAGGCCGCGUACGGCUCGGCCAACCCCCUCUACGCGGUAAGACAGCACGCGCAGUCCAGCAUGCGUGCGUCUAUCGGGGAGCUGGAGCUGGACGAGAUUCUGCACGCGAGGGCGCAGCUGAACUCGAUGAUCAAGGACACCCUCCAGUCCGCGGCGGAUGCGUGGGGCAUGGAAGUGAAACGGUACGAGAUCACGGAGAUCACGCCAGACGCACAGAUCAGCGAGGCGAUGGACAAGCAAGCGGCGGCGGAGCGGAUCCGUAGGGAGCGAGUGCUGACAGCGGAGGGAGAGAAGAAGGCGUACACCCUGCAGUCGGAGGGUGUUAAGAUCCAGCUCAUCAACGAGUCAGAGGGAAAGCUUAUCCAAGUACAAAACGCUGCGAAGGCGGACAAGGAGAGGAUCAGGCUAGAGGCAGAGGGCGAAGCAGAGGCCCGCCUGGUGAAGGCGCAGGCCGAGGCCCAGGCGCUGGCGGUGGUGGCGGAAGCCCUGAGAGACGCGGCAGGGUCGGACGCGGCCCAGCUGCAGAUCGCCAAGCAGUACAUCGACAUGUACGGGGAGAUGGGCAAGUCGUCCAACACGAUGCUCUUCAGCGACCGCCCCGCGGACGUGAACGCUCUCAUCGCGCAGGCAUCUGCGGUAUUGAGCUCCGCUGGGGCGGCGUCCAAGGCAGCUGCAGGCCCAGAGCCCGGGCCACCGAAGGCAAUAUCUGGGGGCAGCUCCUCGUGAAUCCCAUUUUUGACUUGGUAGUAGAUUGUAGUAGAAGCACAGCACCAGGGUCGGGACCGCUCACUUCUGUUGUAGCAUACCACAUAUAGAGUUCAGGGAGAAUCGAUCGCACCCUGUGUGAAUUGAGUAAGGGAUGACAAUCGCGGCUCGCAAGGCUAGAAGACGACGCACGCAAUUGUCGGGAUGAAGCACACAAGCGGUAAGGGUGAGGCCGGCCCCUCUCCCGCGCGAGCCGUACUGCAUACAUGUA